ACCGUGAAGCAGCUCGCGGGCGGCGACGGACACAGCCUUCUGCUGACCACCCAGGGCGAGAUGUACAGCUGGGGUGCCUGUGCCUGCGGCCAGCUGGGACUGCCGGAUCUCUCCGCCCUGCCCAAGGACCUGGAAGAUUACCCGUUCCUGCCUCUUCCCUGCCGGAUUCCCAUGCCGACGUCGUCCAGAGCAGACCUGCGGAUCGUGAAGAUUGCGUGCGGGGACGCCCACAGUUGCGCGAUCAGCGACGCGGGAGAGCUUUUCACAUGGGGCGGCGGCGGCUGCGGGCAACUCGGACUAAAAACUGGGGGAUUGAGCAAGGACGAGGACGGCUGUGCCUACCAGCCUAUCCCCCGCCGCGUAGAUUUCGAUGGCUCUGCCGUUAUUUCUGGGGGAACUAGUACUGGCGCUGGUGGUGAUGGUGUAGUCAACGUCAACGACGAGAUGAACUACAAUGCUGCACAUCAGUCAAUAGGUACUUCUGAAGAUGUAGGAUCUUCUUCGUCAUCAACGUUUCGAGCAGCAAACCACGACCACCGCACCAACGCGCCAAUCAGAAUCGUUGCCGUGGCUUGCGGAAAGGCCCACACCGUGUGUGUCUCGGCGUCCCACGAGGUGUACGCAUUCGGGGCUGGGGCCUGCGGGCAGUUGGGGGUGGAAAACCUGACUUCCUAUCCCCACGAUGACGAUGGCUAUCCCUACCAGCCGCUGCCGGUGAAGCUAGAUUUCUUUGACGGAACAGCUGUUCGACCAGCAUCAGCGAAUGCUUCAUCGUCUGAUGUACUACUAGCGGAGCGUAGCCGCGGAGGCGAUCAUGAGGAGCAAACUGGAGAUAAGUGCUGCGAAAGAAAUAUCGGUGUCGUAAAGGAUGCCUGUGACAUCGCCGCGGGUGACACACACACGGUCGUAUUGACGGAGAGCGGUUUGGUAUACGCGUUCGGCGCUGCCAGCUAUGGUCAGCUCGGAAUUGGUCCCCUGGAUCAACUGAGUGAAGACCGCUUAGAGAACGAGUUUCAGACGGUAUCCUGUGCAAAAGUAUCGUACUCGUAGUAAUUCCAGUCAUGCAUAUUUACAGGUGAGAAAGUCAGCAUUACAAAAUCCAUUAUUUUCUUUUCGAAAAAUUUCACCUUGUAAUGCAAUUUAUACUAGUACGAUACUUUUUCACUGCAGAGACGGACUCCGACGGCAUUUUGUUCACCGCGGUACCGCAGCUAGUGAAAUUCGACAACCUCACGUCUAGUUCAUCUUGUUCGCCAGUCUACAGCUGUUCCUCCGUCGGGGAGCAGCAGGGAAACAAGAAGCCACGGCAGCGCAAUAUGCCUGUCCAAAGCCGAACUUUCUCCUCAUCCAGUGGUGAUUCAGUAUCAACCAAGGCGCCAUUAUCUUCUUCUACUUCCGCAUUUGGUUGUAAGCCACCGCCUGUGCUGUUUUCCGAUAACAAGCAUAAGCACGGCCACGGAGUAGCUUCCGGGAGGUCGAAUUUGAAUGCUUCGUCAACCGCGGAGGAGCUGCACAUGCCACGAAUUUGCGCUGUGUCGUGUGGCGACUCCCACACGCUUUUUGUGACUCCACAGGGAGACGUUUUCGCGUGCGGUGCGAACCAGUGUGGCCAGUGCGGA